CUGGAUAAAGACGCUAGAGGACUGGUUAUCGACAGGCUAGAGGUGUACAAUAGUAUAGAGGUACUUGCUCCUAAUAUUGAGCUGGAGGAUGAAGCAUCAAUAAGAGGAUCGAGAAGAAUAGACGGCGACAAGGAUGAAUUCGUGCGAGGCUUCUCACCAGGAGACAAAACGAUAUGUUUAUCACCUGGCAAAAUGGCGCUAGCGUUUUGCGUGUUAGGGAUCAUUUUCCUAUGCGCUAUAGCUGUUGCAUUUGCAUCGUUAGUGCGAGCGAGAAGACGAAUGGUUCGCGAACCAUUGCAUACCUCUCUCUCUUUCUAUACCGGCAGCAAGAGUUUAUUCUCUUCUAGCGAGAGUUCGAGCUCUGGUCUAAGUGGGAGUAAAUUGUUACUAACUGAUAGCCCUUAUUUAGAUCACCAUUCAUCUUCUAGCAAUAACUGGCCAUAUGCAAGAGCAUUUUGAAUUAAUUUAACGUUUCCGAAACAAAAAAUGUGUUUCAAAUUGUUUACUUUGAAACAAAUUCGUUCGAAAACCAAUUCACAUAUGUAGCAAAUUAUAUUUUUUAACAAGUUAAGUAAAAUCUCCAAAUAAUGUUAAAUUUUAGAUU